CUUGUUUGGUGGCCAGCCCAGUACUACUGUAAUCACAACAGUACCCCAACUUGAUAAUUGCGGAGAAUAAUCAUACCAACUAGAGCUACCAUUUUUCUUUCUAUUACUUGCCUGCAAGCAAUCAAUUACUUCUCCAUAUAAUAUAAGAAAUUUUUGUUCUUUUACAUUUUUGAACAUCAAAACUGGCUUCGGAUUUGUAGAAAUUUUCGUGUACCCCAGAUCAUCCUAUAUCGAUUCCAUAAACAGAUGUCCAUGAAGCAUUCAUAUUUGAAUUGCAGGUUGAUUUUUCCCAUAUCUUUUGGAUGUGGGAUUAUUCUUUUAUGCAUGAACCCGACUUUCGUAUCAGCAAUAUCCAUACCCAGUUAUGGAAAUGAAACUGAUCGUCUAGCUUUGCUAGACUUGAAGAGUAAGAUAAUCCAAGAUCCUCUAGGAAUCAUGGACUCCUGGAACGAUUCCAUCCAUUUCUGCCACUGGGUUGGCAUUACAUGCAACCCAUCAAGCCAACGAGUAUUGGUUUUGAACCUGAAGUCUCUAGAGCUCUCUGGUUCAAUAUCACCUUCAAUAGGAAAUCUCACUUACCUUACAGAAAUUCACCUGCAAAACAACAACUUUCACGGCGAAAUUCCACAAGAAAUGGGUCGUCUUCUGCAACUUUGGCAUCUUAACUUAUCGUUUAAUUCCUUUGGGGGAAACAUUCCAACAAAUAUAACACACUGCAAAGAGCUAGCAUAUUUUCUUGUGUUUGGAAACAAGGUUACUGGGUCAAUUCCUGUCGAGUUGAGUUCAUUGUCUGAACUGGUGUACUUGGACUUUGGAAAAAACAAUCUUACUGGAACAAUCCCAGCUUGGAUAGGAAAUUUCACUUCUAUGUACGCACUUUCGUUUGGCCAGAACAAUUUUCAAGGAAGCAUACCUGAAGAUCUUGGCCAUCUAAAAGGCUUGUGGAGAUUUAUACUCACGGACAAUAAUCUAUCUGGUAUUGUUCCUCCUUCAAUUUAUAAUAUCUCUUCCAUAUACUAUUUCACAUUUACACAGAACCAGCUCCAUGGAAACCUACCACCAGAUGUUGGUUUUACUCUGCCUAAUCUCCAAGUAUUUGCCGGUGCAGUUAACGAACUAACAGGCCUUAUUCCCAUAUCAUUGUCAAAUUGUUCUGCACUCCAAGUGCUUGAUUUUUCUCAAAAUGGUCUAAUUGGGUCGGUUCCUGAAACAUUAGGAAGCUUGCCAAAAGUGUAUAGGAUAAAUUUUGAGAACAAUUUUCUGGGACAUGGAAAAGCCAGUGACCUGAAUUUUUUCAGGUCUUUGCCUAAUUGUUCCGUUCUAGAGGUGUUGGGUAUGGGUGGCAAUUACUUUGCAGGAGAACUGCCUACAUCCAUAGUUAACCUUUCAUCGUAUAUGCGCAUAUUUACUAUUUCUGGGAAUUUCAUACGUGGAAAUAUUCCAAAUGGGAUAGGGAACCUUAUUAAGCUGAUCCUUCUAGAAUUGGCAAAUAACCAGUUAGGAGGCAAUGUCCCAGAAGCGAUAGGGAAGCUUCACGAGUUACAGUUACUGUCUUUGAGUGACAAUAAGUUUUCUGGCUCAAUACCUCUUUCCCUGGGUAACUUAACUUCAUUGACUGUCCUCCAUCUGCAGCGGAAUAGAUUUAAGGGAAGUAUACCUCAAAGCCUUGGAAACUGUAAAAAUUUGAUAACACUGAGCCUUUCGGGUAACAACCUCAAUGUUACCAUUCCCAGAAAGGUCAUUGGCCUCUCUUCCCUUUUAGUUUCUCUGUCAUUGUCUAUUAAUUUAUUGACCGGCGCCUUACCAUCUGAAGUGGCUAAGUUGAAAAAUCUCGGGGAGUUGGAUUUAUCAGAAAACAAGUUAACAGGUGAAUUGCCUAGCACUCUUGGACAAUGUAUAAGUUUGGAACGCCUGCAUUUGGAAGGCAAUGAAUUUGAAGGUCCAAUUCCUCAGACUCUUGAAACUCUAAGAGGUUUGGAAGAAAUGGAUCUUUCCCGCAAUAACUUAUCUGGGUUGAUUCCAAAAUUUCUUGGUAAACUUUCAACUCUUAAGUUUCUCAAUCUUUCUUACAAUAAUUUCGAGGGUGAAUUGCCAAGAGAAGGGAUUUUGGCAAAUGCUACUGCGGUUUCAGUUCUUGGAAAUGAUAAGCUCUGUGGUGGCAUCCCAAAACUGCUUUUACCUCCAUGCCUCAAGGAAAAGAACAAUUCAACAAGAAAAAUAUUUUCUCGGAAGGUGGUAGUCCCAGUAACUUGUGCUGCUAUAUUGCUAGCAGUUAUUUUGAGCUUUUUGGUUGGGUAUUCCAUAUGGAGGCCUGUUACAAAAUCUUCGACUGAGGAUUGGCAAUCGAAUAUUUCUUACUCGGAUCUUUUUCAAUCCACAGAUGGGUUCUCUGAGAACAAUCUAAUUGGUUCGGGUAGUUUUGGUUCUGUAUAUAAAGGAGUUCUUUCUAGAGAUAACAAAAUAGUCGCGAUUAAAGUAUUAAACCUUCAGCAACAAGGAGCUUCUAGGAGCUUCCUUGAUGAGUGCAAUGCUUUGCGAAGCAUAAGACACCGUAACCUUCUUAAAGUCAUAACAGCGUGCUCAAGCAUUGACCACCAGGGUAAUGACUUCAAAAGUCUAGUUUUCGAGUUCAUGGCCAGUGGAAGUUUGGAGCAGUGGCUGCAUCCAAGAGACAAUGGAGAACACUUGAAUAAGAGAUUGAGCCUUAUUCAGAGAUUGAACAUAGCCAUCGAUGUUGCUUCUGCUUUGGGUUAUCUCCAUCACGAUUGUGAAACACCUAUAGUUCAUUGUGAUCUAAAGCCAAGUAAUGUUCUUCUUGAUGAAGAUAUGGUUUCCCAUGUUGGUGACUUUGGACUAGCAAAGUUCCUCCUUGAAGCAUCUGAUAAUCCCUCAGAAAGCCAAACAAUUUCUGCUUCGCUAAGGGGUUCUAUGGGGUACAUUCCUCCAGAAUAUGGCAUGGGAGGCCAAGUUUCGAUUCUUGGAGAUAUCUAUAGCUAUGGGAUACUCUUGCUAGAGUUGUUCACAGGAAAAAGACCUACAGACGAUAUGUUCAAAGAUGGUCUAAGCAUUCACCAGUUCGUUGCUAUGGCUUUGCCUAAACAUGUCAUGGAUAUAGUCGAUCCUUCGUUGCUCCUUGAAGAUGAUAAUCGUGAGGAAAAUGAAAGUGACAUUGAAGAGAUUGCAAUCAUUGAAGUCAAUCGCCAAGUCAAUGCUGGAAAAGGAACAAAUGAUUGUUUGGUUUCAGUUAUGCAAAUUGGGGUCAUCUGCUCAAAAUUCUUGCCGGGAGAGCGGAUGCUUAUGAAUGCAGUUGUCAACAAAAUGCAAGCAAUUAGAGAAUCAUAUCUCAAAUGCAAGAAGAGCGAGAAUAUGAAUAGGUUUUAGUUGUGAACCUUGCCACAGUAGCUUCAUCUUUAUUUGGUAAGCUGUUUGAAUUUGCAUGUAAGCAUAUAAAUGCAAUGUUUGGAUCUUUUAAGCACUCCUUCUUUUAGCUUGUUCUAUGGCAUUCAACUACACUAUCCUUUCACCCCAAAAA